AUGAAUAAAGUCAGAGCGCGCAAAGUUCCCAGCGGAAGAUCCUGCUGGGGCUGCAAAGCGAAGCGUCUAGUGUGCGAUUUCGAACAACCGUCCUGCAACAAGUGCAAAGCAAGGGGAGUAGAAUGCCCCGGGUACGAUAAGAAGCCGCUGGUUUGGAUUCCAGACGGGCAGGUUAAGAGCUGUGGGCGACGCCACCGUCAGGAGCAGCUGGUUCCAUGUCGUGUGCCGGGGAUGUUGGGCCGAGCUUGGAUAGACUCGUGCAGACCGUUUGAGGUGGUUACUUACUAUAAUUCGUGUAUUGCGCCUGAUGCUGUUUGCGCUGCUGACGCCUGGGGGCCAGAGGACCAGCAUUAUAUCCCGUUGGAGUUUGCGCGGGAUAUACCUGAGGCGGCGCUUAGUAGUCUGACUUGCAUUGUAUUGGGGCAUAGGAUACUGCAGAGUCAGGAUGAUGCGUAUCGGGUGCAGCUUUCGUAUCGGUUGCGUGGGUGUAGGAGUAAUGCGAUUCGAGCUGUAAGUCGGCAGAUUAGUGCUGGGGAGUUGGCGAAGGAUGAUGAUACGUUGUGGGCGGUUCUGCUGUUGUUUCUUGCAGAUGUGCAACAGGCUCUUACGUUCGAUUGGAGACCACACUUGGAUGGCGCGAGUACGCUUAUAGAUCUGCGAGGUGGCAUGUCGAGCUUUGCCUUGUCGACCAACAACUUUAAGCAGGUCGUUCUGUACUACAUACUGGCGGACGUCAUGGGACGAACGACUAGUCCGUCCAUGACGCUUGAAAAGGCGGAAGCACACCUUCGACUCACACAACUGAUACCGGAGCUAUACCAUAACGGAAUGCGAACAUCAUGUCCCUGUCCGCCGGAGCUGUUUCAAUACAUCAUCCUCGUCAACUAUCAACGUGCUUUACUGAACGAGAUGGAUGUCACAGAAGAGAUACGUCGAAACACGGCGAUGAAUAUCCUCGAUCAAAUCAACGCGUUCUGUCCCGAAGACUGGGUACACGAAACUUUUGGCACACAAUCUGGUUGUUCGCCGUCGGAGGGGAGUAGCCGGGUAAACAUGCUGUCAGGAUGGUUGUACCUUGCCUCGUCGUAUCAGUGCGCUGCUGCGGUGUACUGUCUCGGAGCUCUGCUGAAUGGCCAUCGGCGUACAGAAGCAGAGGGCGCUGAUGUAUUAAGUCCUUUGGAAACUGACGAUUUAAGUCGUUUGAAAAUUGACGAAUUGCCCCAAGAUGGAAUGCAAAGGGCAUAUCAUGCCGUGCUGAUGUACUAUCUUACGCAGAUGAUGCGUCUGGAUGGUGAGGGUAGCGGCUACGGCAAGCUGGCGGUGUGGCCGAUUGUCAUUGCUGGAAUGGGAGUACCACAGGGCGAUGAAGGUUCAAAGGAGUUUAUUAGGAGGCACUUGCGGGCUGCGAGUUCGGUGUUGGGGACGUCGUCGACUUUGGUGGCGAUUAAUGUGCUGGAGAAGAUUUGGACUUGA